UGGCACGAGAUUUGAAUUUCUUAUUGCAGUCUCAUGCAUCCAACACUCAAGCAACUCGAUUUGUUGAUUGCGUUUCCUCACUCUCCGUUCCUCGGACGCACAACUGGUCAGUCACGUCCGUCCAUCUUGGCACCUUCGUUCCAUUCGAAUCUCCCUGAUUUGGAGCUGUAGGUGGCGUUAGUCUCGCGACUUCGAUUUUCGAGCAUUCCGCUGCACCGCACUCGUCUCCUCGCGAACCGCCUCAUGGAGUCAUCAGGCAACGCUGCGGCGGCGUCGGACCCUCAGUCGCAGAGCACCACAGGAGGCACGCAGACAGAAGCAGCAGCGCCGCACAACGUUGCUGACCUCACCGCCUUUGUUCAAACCCUCCUCCAGCAAAUGCAAACUCGCUUCCAGACCAUGUCGGAGACAAUCAUCUCAAGAAUUGACGAGAUGGGUACGCGCAUUGACGAGCUAGAGCGGAACGUGAGUGAGCUUAUAAAGGAGACAGGAGGCACAGACCCAUCUGCAGCAGCCACAGCACCUGCCAAGGUGGAGCAACACGAGUCGUAGCCGUGGCUGGCUGUUGCUUCGCUGGAGGAAACUAACGGAUGCUGCUGUAGAGAAAACCAGCCAGGGCAGUAGGUUGUGGUGUUACAAGAGAGGAGCCUUGUGAGUGGACUCAUCAGCCACCUGUGCGUGUGGGGCAGAGCUGCCUUGCCAGAUGAGGAUCACCAGUGGCAAGAGCCUGAACAUGCCAUUAAGCCGAGGGCGAUGAGCAGGCGCGUGCUGUUGCGGUAGGAAAGCAGGCUCAGGAGGCAAGUGUGGGAGCCGCGUGUCAAACAUAUAUUGUAUGUUUCUGUAGACUAUAUAGGGUUGUGCCGUAGGGAGUACAACCCAUUAGGUUAUAUUCCCUUCUAUGCCUUGUUCUAG